AUGUCGUCCACAUCAUCCCCUGUCCGUCUGGCUAUGCCGGUUGAUCUGCAGCGUUUUACUUGUUUUGCCAGAUUCCCGUUCGACAUCCGCCAUCAGAUUUGGGAAGAAAUUAUCUAUACUCCUGGUAUCCAUUUUCUAAAGUUCGAGGAGAAUGACGAUGCCCCGGAUACGCCUAACGAUUUUAACUCUCUGGGUCCCCAGUAUGCACAUAAGAUGGGAGGGGAUGUCAAGAAGUCAAAAUUCACCAGCACUCUCAAACCCGUAUUUCCCUUCCCAGCAGCCGACAAAUCUUACUAUCUUACCAUGAACAAGACUUUCACUCAGCUGUCAUUGGCUUGCAACGAGGCAAAGAGGCUGGUUGAAAACCUAAUCGAACGUCAAGGCAACCUGACUCUCGAUAACGGCCGUCUUGUCCACUUGGCGGGAUCUUCAGAUAUUGUGUGCUUCGACUAUCCUGGUGCCACAUGGUCCCGCUCUUUAGGCCUCUGGGCUGAGCGUUUAGAUCAAGAUCAGCUAGCCAAAAUUCGCCGUGUGGCUAUCCGUUAUAGUACGAAGUGGGAUGACGAAUGCCGUGUUUGUCGUACUUGUGGCAUAAUACACACUUAUCACCGCGAUCACGGCAAUAUGCGUCCGCGACAUGCAUACGAAUUCGCUGCCAUGUUCAAGAAUCUCGAGUCUUUCUACUUCAUGGACUGCUUGGCGGUUCGAAAGCAGCGCGACAAGUCUAAGCCGACUUCGUGCAUCUUCGCAAAGCGAGCGUAUGGGGAUAAGGGCGAGAGCUUUGCUAGCGGAGAGGGGGGACGCACAUACUACGAAGUUGACCCUCAACUCUGCAAGGUCAACACUCACGUCUUCCGCACCCUCUCAUGGGUUCGCGAGAACUACAUCACCUAUUGUCAGAAGUAUUCUAAAGGUCCGGUGGACCCAGAGAAGGUCAAAUUCAAGGUCUUGACUUGCGAAUGGGACACUGACGAACUAGUCCCUGUGAAGCAGCAAGAGCCAAUCUCGGGUCGAGUCACUUCGGCCUAUAAACGUCAGAAGACGCGAAGUUUCAGCCUUACCGAUAGCUUCAGGAAGAUGAACAUCGAUGACACACCCGCCUCUAACACCAAGUUUUACAGCGACCUUCCUGUAGUCUUCGGCGAUGGUGGCAUGUCGAAGUUUGAGUUCACUAUGAAGAUACCCUUUCCGACGCUACACCCGUAG